UUAACAAGCGCUGAAUAGCGCUACGCGCCUAAUUUAUCAUUCAGCGGCAGCCACGUAAACAAAAGCGGUUACACUUGUACACCGUGACAUACCAAGAAUACUUUCUGUUACUAACUUCUGUAUCGCAGGCCUAGCCGAUGAGUAGUACGACUGAGACAACAUGCCAGUUGUAUUCAAAUCCACCACCCAUUUUUCGUCCAAGCUGCGUUCUCACUGUGUGCUGCAACGCAUGCAUAGGAGAUUCACCACUCUCAACCCCAUUCCAGCCACCUUUCUGCGUGGAGGCACGUCAAAAGGCGUUUUCCUGAACAGGGCGCAUCUUCCAGAAGACCAAUCUCAAUGGGCCCCAAUCUUCCUAGGGAUCAUGGGCUCCCCAGACACAGCCAACGGUCUCCAGAUCAACGGCAUGGGCGGCGGCAUCUCAAGCCUGUCCAAAAUAUGUGUCGUUGGCCCAGCCUCUGCGGAGCAGAAGGUGCAAGGCAUCGAUGCUGAGUACACUUUUGUCCAAGUAGGCAUCCGUGAUGCCACUAUCGACCUCUCUGGAAACUGUGGCAACCUUUCCAGCAUGGUUGGUGUAUUCGCCAUGGACGAAGGAUUUUGUUCCCGAGAUCCUUCUACUCCAUCCGGAACCACUACUAGUACCAUCCGACUUCUUAAUACGAAUACGAACAAAACAAUCGAUACCACAUUUCCUGUCACCGUCGCUGACUAUCAGGUCCAGCCAAAACUCGACCUACUCCAGACCACAAUGGCAGGCGUCCCUGGAAAGGCCUCACAAAUAACCCUCGAAUUUAUCUCUCCAGGAGGUGCGCGUACCGGAAAACUACUUCCAACAGGCAAGCCCCUCGACUCCGUGUACACCCACGACCAAGAAAUCCCAGUUUCCCUCAUCGACGCGACGAAUCCCACAGUCUUUGUAGCAUAUGCAGACUUGUCCCGAAUUCUUCGUCCUUUAUCCCUCAUCGAUUUUUCAGCCCCAGAUUCACGGAAAUUGAUGGAGUCUAUCAGACGCGCAGCACUUUCGCCGUCGUGUAACCCAGAUCAUGACAUCGGUAUCCAUGCCUUCUCGAUGGGCGUUUUGCAUAAAGCCGUACCCAUGACUGUCGGUCUGUGUCUUGGUGUAGCCGCAAAAGUUGGAGGCACGCUUGCCUGGCAUUUGACCAAGCCAAUGCGUCUCGGGAAGGUGAGGGAGAGUGAGUUGAUCAGAAUCAAACAUCCGAGCGGCAUUGUGGAAGUGGGAGCAGACUUUGGAGCAGAUGGUGAGGUCUUGAAAGCGAAAGUAGUUAGAACGGGAAGGAGAAUCAUGAAGGGGGUUGUCUGGUGGUAGAUUUAAAUGACAUCGGCAUGAUACUUACUCGAUACCUUGGACAUCUUGCUAAGUAAGUACCCAUAGCGUACCCGGUGGACGAUUGUAUAAUAGAACUACAAAAAGUGGUUCAACUGAGGAUCGAACUCAGAACCUUCUGUGUGUGAGACAGAAAUCAUAACC